UAAAUCACUUCCCCCCUUCAGUUUCCUCAUCUACUUCUCUCUUCACCUCCACACUCUACAGUCCCUAUUUCUCCAAAUCUUAUCAUGGCUAGUGAAGAACAACCUAAUAGCCUCAAGCCCCCACCUCCAGCUCCGGCUCCUCCCUCUCUCCCUCACUAUCCGGAGUUGAUUAUGGCAGCGAUCGAGUCUUUGAACGACAAGAAUGGCUCGAACAAGUCGUCAAUUUCCAAGCACAUCGAGGGCACCUACGGAACUCUCCCAGCUGCCCACUCAACCCUUCUCUCUCAUCAUCUCAACAAGAUGAAAGCAAGUGGUCAGCUCGUCAUGGUCAAGAACAACUACUUAAAGCCUGACCCUAACGCCCCGCCUCGCCGUGGCCGUGGUCGCCCUCCGAAGCCCAAGGCGGCGCUUCCGACGGACACUGUGGUGUCUCCACCGCGACCAAGGGGUCGGCCACCAAAAGCUAGGGACCCACUUGCUCCUGCACCACCACCCAAGAUGACGGCAACGUCGAGUUCUAGUGGAAGGAAACGUGGGAGGCCACCGAAGGCGGCUAAGGCUUCUCCGGCACCACCGCCGGUAGUCGAGGACGGAAGGUGAAGCCACAAUCCACUGGUGCUUCAGUUGGGGCUUGAUUGAAAGAGAUUAGAUUACAGGGGGUUGUAGUGCUAAUUGAUGUUUUUUUCCCUAUGUUUUUUUUUCUUUAUUUUUUAGUCAUUUAACUGUGGUUUAUUUUAGUUUAGGGUGCUUGUGGUGAGUUCGGAGUUGUUGUAAUAGUAGUGAUUUAGGUGGGGGAGGUUGUAACUGUAAUUUGCACAAUGUAAAUUUAUGCAGCGGCUGUUGAGGGGCUCUUGGCACUCUCUCUCUCUCACUUUGUGCUUUUACUUUUUUUCUUGCUUUGGCGUUUGG